AUGCCCCCUAAAAUAACAAUAAUAGGCGGCGGGAUAGGCGGCCUAGCACUGGCAAUUGGGCUACUCAGGCGCCGCAUCCCAGUGCAAAUCUACGAGGCCGCGCCCGCAUUCACGGAAAUAGGUCUGGGCCUGUCUCUCGGCCCAGCAGCGUACCGCGCCAUGCCCCGCCUGGAUCCGCGCAUCGCAAGCAUAUACGACUCGCUAGUUACCACGCACGCAGACAGUCCUGGUUUCGAGGAGUAUGCGCAGACGUGGUUCGAGCUUGUGUGGGCUUGUGGGGAGUGCGAGGGCGAGGUGCUUAUGGAUUUGAAGGCUUUGCCGUCUGGGCAAACGGCGGUGCGGAGGGCGGACUUUUUGAAUGCGCUUGUUGCGCUUGUGCCGCCCGAUAUUGUACACUUUGGGAAGAGGUGUGUUGGGAUUAGGGAGGUUGGGGAUGGUGAUGGUGGGGUGGAGUGUAGUUUUGCGGAUGGGGAGGUUGUGCUUGCGGAUGUUGUUGUUGGGUGUGAUGGGAUUAAGUCGCGGGUUAAGGAGUUUGUGGUGCCUGGGUUGGUAGUUGGGCCGAGGUAUAGUGGUAUGUAUGGGUAUCGGGCUGUGUUGGGGAUGGAGGAGAUGGUUGAUGCUGUUGGGGAGAAGAGGGCGAGGGUGUCGACGUUGUAUAUGGGGAAGGGGUGCUAUGCGAUUUCUUAUCCGAUUAUGAGGGCGCAAAUGGUGAAUGUGGGGAUUUAUGUGCUGAGUGAGAAGUGGGAGGAUAAGCGUUGGGUGAGGCCGGCGAAGAGGGAGGACAUGCUGAGGGAUACGGAGGGGAUGGGGCGAUAUGUUCAAGCGCUUGUUGAGGUUUGUGCAAUUCUUAAGGCUUUGAAUGUCACAGUACUUAGCUUACCGUCGCAGCAUAUGCCUGAUCCGUCGCAAUGGGCGAUUUUCGAACAUCCGCAUAUUCCAACGUAUGCACGGUCUCGCGUGGCGAUCAUGGGGGAUGCUGCGCAUGCUUCUACGCCGCAUCAGGGUGCUGGUGCUGGGCAGGCAAUUGAAGAUGCGCAUGUUCUUGCUGAGCUCUUGAGUAAUGAUCGAGUGAAGUCUGCCCAUGAUGUGGUCUCUGCCUUGAAAGCGUUCGACGAUAUUAGGCGCCCACGGUGCCAACGAGUUGUUACCACCAGCAAAGAAAAUGCGGAUUUGCUUUGUUUAUCUUUCGAAGGCGUUGGCGAUGAUGCGGAUAGACUGAAAAAAACUUUCAAUGAACGCCUGCGCUGGCUUUGGGAUUUGGAUGUUGAGGAACAGGUUGAGCGGGCUAAGGAGAGGAUGUUUGAAUACUUGGACGCUGAAAAUUUGUUGUAUGAGUCUGAGAUGCAUUCUAAGCCCGUGCCAGAACAUUGA